CUGAACACACUUUUGUGUGUAUUGCUCCGCUUUUAUUUUAAUUUUUGGGUAAAUCUUUUGGACCCUUUUUUCUUUCCUUCCGUCUUUUUUCUUUCUACCGUGUAUUUAUCAAUGGUGCAGGAUAUAUCAAAUCCCAUAUCCUCAGUAUCAUCACCAAUAACCACUAUAUACCCAUCGUCGACAUCAUUACCAACGCCAGGAUUAGAAAUACCAGAACGACCACUCAUAAAUGAACAGAGCAAUUCGAUACCACUUAUUUCCGUUACUUGCCUACUAUUUAUAUGUGUGAUAAUAAUCUUAUCAGGAUACGGCAAUAUAAAAAGCCAACCUUGGUACGUUACUAUUACUGUACAAGACGAGAAGAAAGGCAGAGUCCCUUUUGCAUAUGCUUCACAAUCAUUUUUAUUUGUUGCUUGGAGAGUCAUUUAUUGGACUUCGUUUUGUUUGACAUGGUUAAUGAUUCCAAUGAUGCAAGCCUAUGUUAAUACAGGCGACUUUACAGUUACAAAAAGGUUGAAAUCAGCAUUACAUGUCAAUAUUCGAUUCUAUUCGAUUUAUGUCGUUGUCGGUAUUAUUGGAUUAUUUUACCUUGUGUUUGGGAAUGGAUUAACGACAAGGGAAGGCAUUCAAAGUUACGUUAUGGCAGCUGCGAACAGUUGGGGUUUAUUUUUAGUCAUUGUGUUUAUGGGCUAUGGACUAGUGUCACUACCUCGUAGCCUUUGGUAUUCUGGAGAUUACGAUCGACAUUUACAUCAACAUUAUGCAAACGCAGUCAAAUUGAAGGAAGAAUGCUUGGAUACAGAAAUUGAAUUUACUGAACUCGCAAAGACGAUGAAUGCUAUAUCUAAAAGAUCCACGGCAGAGCUACCUGAAACGAGACACUGUAUUAGCAUUAUGCUUCAGCGCUUUCCGUUCGUAUUACAUGGAACGUUUUCAGUAACUGAGAGAGAGCUUAACAGCAGCUCGUCGAUUAGUAUACCUAGAGUAUUGACUGAAGACUUUUUAGUAAAAUUGACACGACGAAUGAUCAUCGCUAUCCGAAUGAAGGAUAGAAAGAGUGCUUUAUACAAAAAUCUUCUGAAUGAGGCAUUUUAUUUGCAGGAUAUCAUCAGUAAUAAGGAUAAGAAAGACAGACAAUUUGUAUCUAGCUUGAGGCGAGGAAACGAAGAAAAUACAUUAUGGAACAGACUAACUUCCAAUAUUGAAUGGUGGUGGAUUCUACGGAUUUCGCCCUUCAUCAACAAAAUUUUGGCUAUUCUAUUCUCAGUUGUCAGUGUUUGUAUUAUCUGGUCAGAGUUAGUCUUUAAUGUUAGAAAACCGGUCAUCAUAUCGAUUGUAUACUAUAUACUAAAUGCCUGUGGUACGAAUUACGCUGCGCUGGAGAUUGUGGCGUUUUUGACGUUGAUGUUCAUGUGUAUUUGCAUUUAUUCUUCGUUAUUCAAAAUCAGAUUUUUCAAUCUGUAUCUGCUCAUCCCUAAUCAUCACACAGAUGAAAACAGCCUCUUGUGGUUCACCAGCUACAUGUGUAAAAUGAUGGCUCCAUUAUGUUACAAUUUCAUCAACCUCGCUGUGGAUGCACCUGGCGUCAACAAUGCCAUCUUCACUACUUUUAUGGGAAAAGCUGAACUUAUCAAAUUUUUGGGCGCCUUUGCCGACUGGUUCCCAAUCAUUAUUCUCAUUCCGGCAAUAUCACUAUUAUUCAAUAUACAAGGACGUUGCCUCCGAAUUUGCGGAAUCAAAAGCCCCUAUCAAUAUAGCGAAGAUGAUGAUAUCGAUCAUCAGGAUGAUGCUGAAUCGAAUUGGGGCGCUUUGAUGGAUGCUGACUAUGAAGAGGGUGCUAAAUUGGUUAAAGAAGAACGGAAACAACGCGAACGUGAUAUCAACCCUUCAGCUACCAGAAAUUCCACGACAAAUACUCGAAGCAGAGUAAGUUUGACGAAAAUCAAUUAUCCGAGCUGUGGUCUUAGUUUAUCGUUUCUAUUAAUUAGCAAAAUGGCGAGAACUUACAUCCAUUUUGUAUAUUGUACUACAUUUUUUAGGAUUAUACCAAUCGUAAGUACCACCGUGCUGUCCCUCCUGAUACGAUAAGAAGUGAGCGAGAUAGAAGAGUUGAUGAAAUUCUAUCAGGAGAAUCUAACAGCGCUUCCCCAGAACAUUACCAUGACGAGUCCUCUGGUACCAGUUCACCGAGGUCCCUGA